CCUUCUCCUCCUGAGGAAGACGAACAGACCCUAGGUCCUCCUCCUCCUCCUCCUUCUCCUCCUCCUCCAGGGAAUGCCGCGCACCAGAGGCAGCACUCGCGACCACAGGGAACCUCCUGCGUGCGUCCCCACGGCGUGGACCACGAAGUGCUCCACGCGCGGGAGGACCGCCUGUCGGUCACCAUCCGCUACGGCCGCAGGCGGCGGGGCGCCGCUGCAAGCCGCGCCCGCUGCCUCCCCGCCGGCAGGUCUGGAAGCCACGUGUCGGCUUGUGAGCGUGCCAGCGCCAGCCUUCGACCAGAAAAGCGGAGUGGUGGCGAUGCUGGAGAAGCUGCGCCACAAGUUCCAGGACCAGCUCCUCGACCUGCAGAAGGCGGAAAUGAACGCCAAGUCGAACUUCCAGGCGCUGGCGCAGGGGCUCCAGGACAACAUCGAGUACGACACCGGAAGCUCCAAGGCGAAGACCGCCAGCAGGGCCGGGAGGCUCGAGGACGCCGCCAAGGCCAAGGGCGACCUGGAGGUGACGACGAAGACAAAGGCCGACGACGAGAAGAUCCUCCUCGACACCAACACCGAGUGCGAUGCGAAGUCGAAGGAAUUCGAGGAGAACCAGGUGCUUCGCAGGGAGGAGCUCCAGGCGAUCGCGAAGGCGCGCGAGAUCCUGGCGAGCCCGGAGGUCACCGGCAACGCGGCGAAAUACCUGCCCAAGCUGGUCCAGAAGGCGGUCGCGCUGGCGCAGCUGGGCAGCAAGGCCAGCAAGGAUGCCGACAACCGCAAGCGGGCCGCCGCUUACCUGCAGCAGAAGGCCAAGAAGUUGGGCAGCCAGUACCUGUCCAUGAUGGCCCUCCGUGUGACUGAGGAUCCAUUCGGCAAGGUUAAGAAGAUGAUCAAGGACCUGAUCGUCAAGCUCAUGGAGUCGGCCAACGCGGAGGCGGACCACAACGCCUUCUGCAGCACCGAGCUUGCCACCAACAAGCAGACGCGCGAGAACAAGGCCUCGAAGGCCGAGGAUGGACCUGGCGGCCACCGCCGACAAGCUCACCGCCGACAUCGCGCUGCUCGCCGAGGAGAUCACCAAGCUGGCCGACGACAUCGCCAGUAUCAUGGCGGAGCAGGCAGAGGCGACCAAGCUCCGCGGCGAUGA